AUGUCUCUUGAACUUCCAGCAUUUGGCUUCCACACCACUGCAGAGGAGGCUGCAGACGCGCUUUCAAGCCAGAUUUCUGGCAAAAACGUCCUCAUCACAGGCACAUCGCUGGAGGGCAUUGGCUUCGAAGCAGCUCGGUCCAUUGCGAAGUACGCCGCAUUGGUCGUCAUCACCGGCUACAACAAGGACCGGCUCCAGCUCUCCGUCGACGCUAUUCGCAAGGAUCAGCCCAGUGCCAACAUUCGUGCCCUUGCGCUGGACCUCUCAUCGCUGGCUGCUGUGAGAGAAGCUGCAAAGGAAAUCAAUGCUUAUAUCGAACCACUUCACGUCGUUAUCCACAACGCUGCUGAUUCCAGUGGUGUUUACCGUAUCACGGCAGACGGCUUCGACGGCCAAAUGGCGGUCGCCCAUUUCGGGCCCUUCCUCCUGACCAAACUCAUUCUCGCAAAGGUAGUGGCCAGCAAGACGGCCGGUUAUACGCCGCGUAUCGUUUUCGUCGCCUCCGUCGCGCAUGCGAUGGGCCCCGGAAUUGAGCUCACUGAGGCUGCAUUGUGCAAGCCGGCUGCGGGAGCGGAAGGGAGCUACUUCCUUCGCUAUCACGAGGUCAAAUCGGCGAACGUGCUAUUCGCGCUGGGUCUCGCGAGUCGGGGCGCGGGCAAGAUCAAGGCAUACAGCUUGCAUCCAGGGACGAUCUACACGAACGUCUUCACCAAGGAGUCGACGAUCCCGAUUCUGAAGGCUGUCGGAAGCUUGAAUGAGGAUGGCAAACCCAAUUCCGAGACGAUCGAGUGGAAGACGAUUCCCGAAGGUGCUUCAACCACGGUCGCCGCUGCUUUCGAUCCCCGUCUGGAGGAUAAAUCCGGCGCAUACCUCGUUGAUGCUACCGAAGCCAACGCGCAACGGACUUCCAUCUGUGCUGAUCUAGAAAACGCAGAGAAGCUUUGGAAACUCACGGAACAGAUCCUCGGCGAGGAGUUUAUUCUAUAA